CAUAAUGAUCAAGCGAUGAGGAAAAUCAGUGAUCAGUCCUACUUUGUCCAUCGGUGGCUGAUGAUCGUGAGCUUUUGUCUCAUCACCACGGAAAGAUUUAUUGCAAAUUUAUUCCAAUUUUAGUGCGUUGCAUUCAAUCAUUCGCGCCCGAUUCGAAUUUUAAAAAAAUAAAUCUCAGAUGAUAAGUGAUUUGUAGUAAUAGUGGAUUUGUUUGAAAUGGAAUCUGCAUACGAAUUAGGCAUUAAUUCUUGAUAUCAUUUCUUUUUCACCGGUUGGAAUAAUAAAUUUUUUUUGUUGAGCCGGUUAUUUAAAUGCACGCGUCCUUGAAUUUGCAGUAGUUUUUCGCAAUAUUAUUCCGUAUCUUGUAAGAUUUUUACCUCAAUUGUGUCUCGUUGUGCGAAGGAAUCACAUUGAGGUACUUUUUGUCUGUGAUUCCCUAUUUAAAAAGAAUUAAGAAAAAAAUUGCAUCAUAAAUAUUUUGUGGUCAUCUUCAGUUGAUUUAGUUCCCCUUGGGCUAAUUUCUGUGGUUGAAUUACAAGACAAAUCACGUGCAAUAAAGUUCUCAUGUUUUAUGAUUAGUUAUUGAGAGCCAGAGGAACAAAAGACAUAACAACUUGUGAAGUAUUAACACCCCAUACCGGGCGCGAAAAUCUUUAAUCAAACUUGUGAUAUUAAUUUCGCAUUUUGUGUGACCUCAGAUGACCAUAUCUCCUGUGAACUAAUAACUCUGCAUAACUUUUUUUCACUGGACCCUAAUGAUUCGGCAAAUGGUCAAGGUGAAAAAUACGUGAAAAUUUCGAGAUUAUCAGUCCGAAUUGUCGUGUUGUGCAACCAAAGAGAAGGUGAAGGUUCAAUGGGAAGACACCUUAAUUCACUUAAUUAUCGCAAUAUCCGAUAGUAUCAUCUUGCCAAUUUUUCACGAAGCUUUUUGUGCCUCAAUCCUAAGUAAAAGUAACUAAUAUCACAAGAAACAAGAUGAAGAUCUCAUGGUCUCCAGUCAUCUGGAUCUUAAUAAUCACUCCAGCUGUCCAAAGUGAAGUAUCAUCAUUGGAUUCAGGUCCCCUACUUCAAUUUUUUCGCCAUGCCCGACAAUUCCUCUUUGACUUUGUGGAGGAUUCUUCAAACCCACAGCAACAGCUCAAGAGGAAUAUCCAAGAGCAAACAGUGCAGCGUCAGGUGAGCAUUGACCAGAAAUUCCCCUGUGAUACUCAAGGGCCUGGAAGGCGAAGUGCUCAUGUGCCACAAUCCGUUCAUCAACUUCGACCAGGUGACAUUGAUAUUAUUGGAGCAAUUGGUGACUCCCUGACUGCUGGACUGGGCCUCUUUGCCACAAAUGUCCUGGAGGUCUUUUCAGAAAAUCGCGGAGCACAAAUGACCAUUGGAGGUCAAGGUACCUGGCGCCAAUUCCUCACGAUACCCAACAUCCUCAAAGAGUUCAACCCCAACCUGUAUGGGUACACGGAAAGCAACAGUUUAUCGACACACCGAUCAUCGAGAUUCAAUGUUGCCGAAGGUGGUGCAAUGUCGCGGGACACGCCACAUCAAGCGCGAAAUCUUGUUCUGCGUAUGAAGAACGACCCAAAUGUCGAUAUAAAGAAUCAUUGGAAAUUCGUAACGUAUUUUAUUGGUGGCAAUGAUUUCUGUCUGGAUAUGUGCUACGAUGCACCGGAGAAAAUAGUCGAUAAUCAUGACAGGGAAUUGACUGAUGUGUUGAGGACACUCAGGGACAAUCUUCCUCGCACAAUGGUCUCAAUCAUUUCAGCACCAUCCAUUAGAAUCUUGAUGGAUACUGUGGGAGAACCACCAGAAUGUGUCUCCACCCAUUAUUUGGAAUGUCCUUGUUUCUACUCACUCCACCACAAGCCUCAGAGAAAGAGGUUCCUGCGCGUGAUGGAGGCCUUCAAGAGGAAACAAUGGGAAGUGGCCAACAGGGAUGAGUUUCACAAUAAAUCCGACUUCACGGUCAUUGUUCAGCCCUUCACGGACAAAAUGGGCAUUCCUAGGAAAAAGAAUGGUCUCACGGAUUUCACAUACAUGUCCAAGGAUUGCUUCCAUCUGUCCCAGAAGGGCCAAUCUAGGGCAGCAAAUGCCUAUUGGAACAACAUCCUGGAGCCAUAUGGGAACAAGACGCAAAACUGGAAGAAGAUUUUUGAGGAAUUCAAGUGCCCCACUGAAGAGAGACCUUUUCUAGCCACUAGAUUCAAUUAAAUGCCAAUUUUUAGAAUUUCCAGUAGGACAAAAUUUAACUGAAAAAUGCCAUUUUGCAACAUAUUUUUAAGGAAAAGUUUUUGUGAAUUUACUAUUUUUAGGGAAUUUACCAGAAUACGCUUGAAAUUGACAAAUUUGUACAAGAAUAGAAUAAAUUAAAUAAAUUAAUUGAGAAUUGAGAAA